UCAAAUAAAUUAUAUCACAUUCAAAGUACUGUUUGGCUGUUUGGGUGAUAAACUUCAGAAUUAGUUAUAAUGAUUCCACUGUUGGUUCUCGUGCUUCUGCUGUGGACACCCCCCUCCUGUCAGUCUCAGUGUACAGGAUUGUAUGGCAGUGUUUGCUGCUCUGGUUACAUGCUUGAUAAAGCUUUGAAUCGAUGCAUAAAAUGUCCUGAUGGCUUUGUGGGUGACAAAUGUACAAGACAAUGCCUGUUUCCAACAUACGGAUUUCGAUGUCAAGGCAAUUGUGAUUGCGCCAAACAUUUAUGUGACUUCAGUAAGGGAUGUAUAAGGCGGACAACUACAGUGAAACAAAUUAAAAGUACAACAAAAGAUAUAGAAACAACAUCUGUUACCGAGUUAAAACAACAGGAGACCAAUUCUCUCUUAAUCCCAACAAGUACAGGUGAACCUAUGCAUUCCACACAUGAUUUUGCUGAACAUAUUUUCCGUACUUCUGCAACAAUUACUGGUACAACAGCGCUAAAUAACUUUUGGAAUUUCCAGAAUAUCAUGAUAGCAGGAAUGUGUGGCAUAUGUUGCCUUAUUCUAAUAAUUGUCUGUCUACAUUUUACAUGUCAUUACCACAACAGAAACAAAUCCAGCAUUACAAAAGACAAGAAUAAUAAGUCGAUUCAGCACGAUUCUGAGGACCAUUACUUUGAAAUAGAAUUAUCAAACUCUGCAAUUGGCACUAGACCUCCCCUUUCGCAAGGCAUUUUAUUUGAGGGCUUGACAAAAGCAAAAAUAACACAUUUGAAUUCCAGCUCAUAUUUGAUAGAAUUUCAUGGCGUUGAAUCUAAAUUGACCGAGGAAGGCAACAAACCAUUCCGUUUGGAAUAUCAAGCAACAAUACAAGAGAAUCCAACAGAGGGAGGUUACAUAGCACCAAACUACCAAACGGAGAUGAAUAAAACGCACAGUGAAAAAGAUACAACAGAGAACAGCGACUCGGACUUAAAAACAGGUCAAGACUAUUUAUCUGUUGUAGCUGAUCACAAAGUGUGAAUGGACUAUCAUAUUAACCUUUGUUUAUUAAUCAGAUCAGUGAAAAGCAUACAUUGUAUAGCUUGUCUAACAUCACGGUUGAAUUUUUUCAACCUCGCAUUCAACAAUUACUUAAUUUCAAUUUUAAAUUAUGUACUUAAUUAAUAUGUCAAGUGGUUUAUCGAGUCACAAUUUACUUAAUUAUUGUUUCCUUGUCAAUGUAUAUAUUUAGUCGCUAAAACACAAUCCACGUAUAUUCCUAAACUGUUUCAAUAUGUUUUUAAAUCAUAAAAAGAGUCCAGUUGUAUUUGAGAUGAAUUUCAAUUUACAUAACGUCUUUCUCAAACAUAGACAGACAUUCGUCAUCUACGUAGUUGGUCUUUUCAAGUACAUCGCCAAACGCUAUAAAUCAUUGGAUUCCGAGCAACACUGAAGAGACUUUAUGAAUACCCUUGUAUUAAGUUUGUCUCUUCAUUGCCAUAGAAGGGAAUAACUAAAUAUAAUCCUCUUUUGACGAUUUAUAACAGAAAAUAAUGCUUUGAACUAUAGGCUGUUGCAAUUUACGAUUUUCCAAUGAAAUUAAUUAGCAAAUAUUUCAAAAAAGAUAUAAACAUAUUUUAACUGAAAGUAUGUUGAUCUUCUUUUUAGGGGGGAGGGGGCACAUUCUCUUAUUGUCAACAUCGAUUAUUUUUUGACGGUUGUAAAACUUUACAAGGAACAAAAAAUAUUUACAAUGAUAAAUUAUCAAAAGGUUCGCAGAUAAAUCUGUAGUUUUUUAGUUUAGGGAAAAUAAAAGGUAUUUAUUUUUGAAUUCAUAAAAAUAGUACAUGUAUUUUUGUUAGUAGAUUUUAUUAAUCAACAUUGAAUUUACUAGCUUAUAUCAUCUCUCGGACAAGGUACAAAAUGAAAACACAGUGCAGAAGUAAUCAUAUGAACAUACAAAAAGACACUAGCUCUCCUACGGCUGUUAUCAGAAAAUCGAACUUUCUCGCCGUGGGUAUUUACUUUCCCUUUUGCUGCUCCGUCGCGUUUGAAGAAUACCUGUGAUUGCUCAUUCACACCAAGGGGUGCAACAUGAUAUAUGUUUCGAGGUUACCUGUGCACUCUUGAACAACCCUUGAAGUACUUGAGGGGUAUAGUGUAUGUCUCCUAAGCUUCUCAGCGGGAGAGCUAGGGUGCGUGCUUAUUAUAAAAACGACCGAAACAAAAACUUGGUCAUCAGUCUGAGUCUAGCAGACCAACGACUAAACUAAAGUAAAUCCAAGCAUUUACUCCCAAAUUAUGUCCGACUUGACGCUAAUCUGCCCACCACAAGGGAAAUCUCUUGCUGAUGAUUUUGCAGAGCAUAUCAAUAACUGGGUCGAGAAAAGGAUGCAACAGUCGAUGUCCGACAUCGAAUUUAAAAGACAAAUGUCCGUGGAUAAGAUGUCUAAAGAACAAAAAGACCUUCUGAAAGACAUUGCUAAAAUAAGAAAUGUGAAAGAAACUGGAAAAGGAAGGAAGAAACCAACUAUGUUGUUAUCCGGUCCUACUUUUCUUGCUUCAGAAAAGGCACGACUUCAAAAAUUGAAGGAAAAUACGAACAAGGACAAUUAUCGUUCGGAUGGCAAUAGUUCGGAUGACGGCUCUAGUGUAUACUCACUGGAAGAUGACGAGGAAGAAAUUCCGUCACCGAAGUCCAACUCUGUGUCAAAGUACAAAUCAAACAUCUCAGUUUUGUCAUCCAAAGCGAAGAGCGCUAAGAAGUCGUCUUAUGAAGAUAGACUGCGAGAGGCCCGAAUUGACAAUCUUCAGAGGAGAUAUUCAGCGCAAGUUCGAACCGAGCCUAUAGUGAAUGUGAACAGGAGACUGAAAUACGACAAAAAAUGAUAGCUGUGUUGGAGAAAGUAUCGCUAUAAACUUCGUAUCAGUAACUGGUGCUGCGGUCAGGUGACUUCGAAUGGUGCUCACAAGUGAAGCCAAACCUAGAAUGUGUAUCAAUCUUAUAAGGUGCUACGUGAUGUCAAAGUUGGUCAUAAGAAGACUGUAUAAAACUACUGAAUCCGCUAAAUUGGUCUCUGUAUAAUCAAGUGUUUGACGAAAUAGAUGGCUAUUUUUAUUUUAUUUUUGAAAGCCACGUAAACAGUUUUGUACUACAUGUAUAUGUAAUGACUAAGUUUUACAACUUAUUGUGCAAUAAUUAAUCACCCUCUUUGUUCAAACACAUACUUUGAGUGGGAUGUAUUUACACAGAUGUGAAUAAUCUUAUAAUUUUCUGUUGCAUUCUUGAUUGUGUAAAACAUGCCAGUUAAUUUAAUAAAAUAUUCUUUAAAAACUAAUAAUAUGAUGGUUUUUUUUUUCCAUUUUACAGCUAUAAAAUUAAGGUCUCAAAAGAAUCUUCCGAUUUAAGAAAAUGGAAAUUCAAUGUUUAAAUAAGGUCUUCAUUCAUUAUUUUAUUGUGUAUAAACCCAAACUGAAACGACCCACGCUUCUUUCACCUAGUAUUCUAAACAUUAAUAAAUCUUAUUUUGACAUUAUUACAAGAUGUUACUAAUUCAUGCUGUGUGCAUGUGUAGUUCCAAUCUUCAAUAUUUAGAAACAAGAUUUUUCUACAUUUGG